UUUUCCUUCGAAACUCAAGGACAAAUAAGGUUUAUUUAAAUUUUAUUAUUUUUUUUGUUAAAUGGAAUAGUAUUACCGUUCGAUCUAUAUUACCGUACCGUUUAAUGACGAAACUACUGUUGUUUCCGAUGUGGUAUGUUUAAGGCAUCAUUAUUGGCGUGCAAAUUUCAAAAAUAAAUAUGGAGCAGGAAAACCAAGAGGGUGCAAUGGAGCGUCAAGGAAGUUGUUUAAUUUUGAGAUGCGCUAGUCAAAAUUCGUUAGAUGAAAGUUCCCAGAAGCACAUACCUCAGAAUUGCCAAAAGUUGAUUUCUUAUAGAGAGCGGCGACCUUAUAAGAACCCCUUACAUACCCAAAAGGCGUUUGAGGUGAUGAACGCCAUGAGAAAGCAAAAAUUACUGUGCGAUGUUACACUAAUAGCGAAUUCAGUGGAAAUACCCGCUCAUAAGAUGGUGUUAGCUGCAUGUUCGCCUUAUUUUUAUGCAAUGUUCUCAAGUUUCGAGGAGAGUCGCCAAGAUCGUAUCGUCAUACAGGAAGUUGAUCAUUAUGCUUUAGAACUUUUGGUUGAGUAUUCUUAUACCUCCGAGAUCCAAGUGACUGAAGAGAAUGUACAAAUUUUAUUACCGGCGGCCCAUCUGCUGCAACUUACGGACGUGAGGGAUGCCUGCUGUGAUUUCUUGCAAGCCCAAUUGCAUCCCUCAAACUGUCUUGGCAUUCGGGCUUUUGCCGAUUUACACGGGUGCCUCGAACUACUCGCUAAUGCAGAUAAUUAUGUAGAACUAAAUUUUCCGGAGGUGGUUGAAUGUGAGGAAUUUCUUACCUUGUCCCAUCAACAAGUGUCCAAGUUGAUUAGCAGCGACCGACUGACUGUUCCAUCGGAAGAAAAGGUUUUCGAGUGUGUUAUUGCCUGGGUCCAACACGACUUGGAUACCCGACAAAGGCACUUAGCAUCUCUUAUGGAACAUGUCAGAUUACCACUCAUGUCUCAGGACUAUCUUGUGCAAAGGGUAGAGGAAGAGCCCCUGCUCAAAGCAGAUCUACAAUGUAAGGAUUAUUAUAUUGAGGCCCUUAAAUUCCAUUUACUCAAAGGAGACACCAAAACCACCUUUCGCACCCCCAGAACAAAGCCCAGACAACCCGUAGGUCUACCUAAAGUAUUAUUGGUGGUCGGGGGGCAAGCCCCCAAGGCGAUAAGGAGCGUCGAGUGUUACGACUUUAAAGAGGAACGCUGGUACCAAGUGGCCGAAAUGCCUACUCGAAGAUGCAGAGCCGGUCUCGCGGUUAUAGGGGGCAAAGUGUACGCCGUCGGAGGUUUCAAUGGAUCGCUCCGUGUCAAAACGGUGGACGUCUAUGAUGCCUCCCUCGAUCUGUGGACCAGCUCUGAGUGCAUGGAGGCGCGAAGGUCCACGCUGGGCGUAUCCGUUUUGAAUAAUAAUAUAUACGCGGUGGGCGGGUUCGACGGCUCGACGGGCCUCAAUACAGCGGAAGUGUUCGAUUUGACCAUGCAAAAAUGGCGUUCGAUAUCGUCAAUGUCGACCAGGAGAAGUAGCGUCGGAGUGGGAGUGCUCAACGGGUUUUUAUAUGCGGUCGGCGGGUACGACGGCGCUUCCAGGCAGUGCCUGAGUUCUGUGGAGUGUUAUUGCCCGGAGAGUGACACUUGGAGGUGCGUGCCGGACAUGUGCUCCAGGCGGAGCGGCGCAGGCGUUGGGGUUCUGGAUGGGGUUUUGUACGCGGUGGGCGGUCACGACGGACCAUUGGUAAGGAAAUCGGUCGAGGCGUACGAUCCAAUCAAAAACCAAUGGACACCCGUAAACGACAUGGCGCUGUGUCGAAGGAAUGCGGGCGUCAUCGCCAUGAACGGUCUGCUAUACGUGGUGGGCGGAGAUGACGGGUGCAGCAAUUUGGCGUCAGUCGAAGUGUACAACCCUAAGACCGACUCGUGGACAAUGCUGCCCAGUUGCAUGGGUAUCGGACGAAGCUACGCGGGCGUCGCGAUCAUCGACAAGCCCAUUUGAAAAUCGCAUCCUGUUGGCGUCGGGGUCUCUGGUUUUGGAAGCGGCUCGAUAUCGGGAAACAGGUACGCGAACUGCGACGAGAACAGCAACGCGGAAAGCGCGAACGGCUACGACUUUAACCAGCCGUCGACGUCGUUCGCGGACCAGGAGAACCUUUACGAGCAGAUUUGCUGCGACCCCGACGCCAACAGCCGGC